CCCUAAAUGGCCCCCUCAAAGAUUGAACUCACAACCCUGGGUUCAGCAGGCCAAUACUCAAACCACUGAGCUAUACCUCCGCCCAUACUACUGGCCACUUCUUAAAAUGCAUUUGAUUGGUUAUAUUUAUUCAGCUGAAAACCAGCAGCCAAUGGAAUCUUCUGUUUCUAAAGCAGUGGAUUAGGCUCAGCUGAUCUGGGCACUAACAAAUCAAAGCUUCCGGGUUCUCAGGCUGGCUUCCCCCAAGCUGCGGAAAGAAUACAGCUAAUUCAUCAAUUAUAGCAGGAGUUCUUGCUUCCUGGGCAGGGAGUCCCCUCCAUUUCGGGUUUCAGUGACAUACACAGAUAACAAGGUGCCAGUUUGCUGGAACAUGGCUGUGCGUUUGUUAGAUACACAGUAUAAUGCAGAUUCCUAUCAGAAAUACAGAUUCUCUCCCUCUGAAAAUCUCCAAAGUGUCAUCUUCUCCUACCUGGAAGAAAAGAAAGUAGACCCCAUUCGGCUGGCAGUGGAUGUUGGCUGCGGGUCGGGACAAAGCACUCGCGUACUUGCAGCUCAUUUUGAGAAGGUGGUUGGAACAGACAUCAGUGAAGCUCAAAUCGAGGCAGCCAAACAAGCUGCCUCCUUCCCAAAUGUUUCUUACCAUGUGUGCCCUGCAGAGGAGCUGCCAUUUGAGGAUGGUUCCGUGGACUUCAUUACUGCUUUUACAGCUGUCCACUGGUUUGAUGUGCCCAGGUUCAUGAAAGAAGUGGAUCGAGUUCUCAGGCCACAUGGCUGUGUGGCCCUUAGCACCUACACUACAGACUUCAGUAUGCACUAUAAAGACUGCUCGGAAAGGCUUACGGAAAUCUUCACUGAGACCCGGGACCUGCUUCUUGAAUAUGCAGAUGAAAAAGUAAAACUUGUCUUUGCAGAGUAUAAAGAGGUGUUUGAGUCUGUGCCUUUUCAGGACAAGCGGAGAGUUACCCAGAUCUUAGACAAAAUUCCCAUGUCUGUUUCUGGGGUGAUCGGGUUAUUCCAGUCCUUCUCCAUGUAUCAAGCCUUUCUGAGGAGCGACCCUGAAGCAGCAAAAUCCCUCCUCCAAAAAACUGAACAAAGGUUCCUGGACACCAUGGGAGUUUGCUCUAAUGAAACCCAGGUAGAGAUUGGGAUAAGGAGUGUUUCUGUUCUAGGCUGCAAGGGGCCAUGAAUGGAAAAUCCAGCGAUGAUCCUAUAUCCA